AUGGUGGCACUCUUUACCACCGAACGCCACGUGAAAUAUUACCUGCGCUGUCUGAAGACCUUCCUGCCGUCUGCCUAUACCUCGAAUGACUCAAAUCGCAUGCUUCUGGCCUACUUUAGCCUCUCUGGACUAGAUGUCUUGGAUGUUUUGCAGGCCAAAACAACGCCGGAGGAGAGACAAUCGUACAUCAACUGGCUCUACCACUGCCAGGUCCCCUCUGGUGGCUUUCGCGGGUUUCCAGGCACAGAUUUCGGAGCAGAGAGACGGACAGUGGACAAUGCAGUGUGGGAUCCAGCCAAUGUACCGGCCACAUUCUUUGCACUUGUGAACCUGCUCAUUCUGGGCGACGAUCUAUCCCGGGUCAAACGAAGAGGAUGCCUCCAGUGGCUACCUCGGCUACAACGUGCCGACGGAAGCUUUGGAGAGGUACUAGGGCCCGAUGCAAGAAUUGAGGGUGAUCGCGACCUGCGGUACUGUAUGUGUGCGGCUGGUAUCCGGUAUAUAUUGCGGGGAAGUAUGAGCAAAGGCGUUGAAGACGUAAAUGAUAUCGAUGUGCCCGGCUUUAUGUCAUUCAUCCAAGCGUGUCAGGCUUACGAUGGCGGAAUGGCCGAAUCCCCUUUCCGUGAACCUCACAGUGGUCAUACAUAUUGUGCAGUUGGAUCUCUAGACUUUCUGCGUCGGGCAGGCACGGACACCCAAGCGGUUCCCAUGCUGUCGCCGGGCUCGGAGAAGUUUGAAAUGUUGCUUUCAUGGCUGGCUUCACGACAGACUGGUGAACUCGGCGAGGGAGAAGAUGAGGAUGACGAAGAUGACGAGGAUGACGAAACCGGGACAAGUGUACUAGAUACACAGCCGACCGAAGAUGUGACAAGGUCGCUGGAAGAACAGAUCAUCGCACUGCCCGGUCUCACUGCAUUGAGUACCGAGUCAAUACCAUGCGCCGGAUUCAAUGGACGGUGUAACAAGUUUGCCGACACCUGCUAUUCGUUUUGGAACGGUGCGACCCUGAUGAUGCUGGAUCGAUACUCCGUGAUAGAUGACGUGCGUAACCGGCGAUAUCUUCUUGAAAAGGUCCAACACCUGGUGGGUGGAUUUGGGAAAUCGGUUGGAGAUCCCCCGGAUCUCCUCCACUCUUAUUUUGGCAUGGUGUCAUUGGCUUUCCAGGGUGAAGAGGGAUUGGCGCGUGUCGACCCUGCACUGGUCACAACGGAGCGAGUCGUGCAGCAUCUUGAAUCCCUUUCGUGGCGGUCAUAG